GGAUCCUUUGACGCGGUGACUUGUUCACCCAAGCAACUAGGCCUAUUCGUUGAUGGAAUAAGUGUAUAUUGGAAUGCUGGAAAACUAUUCGUGCCUUGUUAGUGAGUGUAGAUUGACCUAGCGCGCAGUAGUUUUGGAUAUCAUGGCCGUUGAUAAUCAGACUGUUGUGUACAUUUCAGAACAGAUAGUUAUUUUGAUUUCGUGUGCCUUGUCUUUUUUGGGCUCUUUACUUAUUAUCUUUACGUACAUCAUUUGGCCAGAUUUGAGGACAACGCCGAGAACACUUCUGGUCUACUUGUCCGUGGCUGACUUGUUGUCUGCGGGCUCGUACGCAUACGGAGUUUGGAGUGUCUUUGAAUCAAACUCUGUGGAUUGCGUCGUUCAAGGAGCGAUCUCUACUUUCGCCAACACCAGUUCGUUUUUCUGGACUGUCGCUAUCGCUAUAUAUCUGUACAUUUUAAUCGUCAAGUCGAAUCAAAGACAAGCUGACAGCUUCGUGUUAUGUUUUCACGUUAUCAGCUGGGGCAUCCCUCUAGGUAUCACAGUAGCAGCUCUGGCUCUGGGCCGUAUUGGCUACGAUGCAUCGGAGGUGUCUGUGGGUUGGUGCUGGGUGAAGAUCCAGGCUCCAGACCAUGUCCUGUGGAUGCUGCUCACUGGGAAGAUAUGGGAGUUCCUGGCCUAUCUCACCCUCCCCGUCCUCUAUGUCCUCAUCAAGAAGCACAUCCACAGAGCGCAUGCGGCUCUGUCUGAGUACCGGCCCAUCCUGGCCUGCAGUCCUCUGUCCCAGUCCCUUUCCAAUAUGGCCGACAGGAAGAUGACCCUUAUCCCCAUCAUCUUCAUCGCCCUGCGUAUCUGGAGUACCGUGCGUUUCCUGCUGAUGCUGGCUGACUCGCCCGCCAGGCAGAACCCUGUUCUCGUCACACUACAUGGCAUUGGGAACACCUUCCAGGGAGCUGCAAACUGUAUCAUGUUUGUCCUGUUCACCCAGCCAAUCCGCUCCCGUCUCUCCACCAUGCUCUGCUGCUGCUCCUGCAGGGGCAGGUCUGGGGCCUCCCUCAUACCCUCCAACACACCCAACCACAGUGGUUUGGGCCUGGAUGUGGAGACCCCCUCACAACCAGAGGACACCCCGAAUACCAGCUCUCGUGGCUGGCCGGACGGCUGCUGACCCUGGAUCUGAAUGGCUAGACGGAGCACGCUCGCACCCUGACUGGCUUUCUGAGACACUUUUCACACUACUGAGCCGAGCUGUACUUCGCUGGCCACAUCCUCUGCUAUAGAUGCCUGGUGCUGUGUGAAAGCAGAGCAUCAGAGCUAGGACCGACGUUGAGUUGGGGGGGGUUGGAAACAAACUUCCGUACUGCAAUCCACUCAUUAAUGCAAGUGUGUGUGUGGGGGGGGGGUUGCAAAUUCUGCAGACGUGUGCACGUUGUACGGCCUCUCCUGACAGGCCACACAUUCAACAUGCACUUUAGGUGAUGAGGAUAAUCAAAGCAUUAAGCAUGUCGUUUUUGUUGGAAGAGAUUACUUGCUGUGCUCAGUCACUAGCAUUGGACCAUCCAUAAGGGUGAACGCCAAGGUCAUUCUAGCGGUGAAGUUGUACAUAGGGGCUCUGUUCAAAAGUUGUGCACUAUAUAGGGAAUAGGGUGCCAUUUGGGAAGCACAUGUGGAUUUAUUUUUAAGUUUUUUUUUUUUUUUUUUUUCCCCAAGGCAAAUUUUAUGUUGUUCUAACAUAUCGGUGUCUUCCUAUUCUUGUAUUAGAGAAACAGACAGUGCAAUUUAAUAUUGUUAUUUUUUAUACCGGGUUAUCGUUGAGUUUUUAGCAUUGUUUAACAAUGUACUUUUGUAUAUCAAAUUAAUUUUGCAUCUAUACUGUUUUUGUAAAUGGCACCGUAUCAUUACUACCAAUGACGUUUACAAAAUCCCACAACCUACUGAAAUAUGGCGGCCAAUUUGGCUGUACGAAGAGUCUAUGUUCUGAAAAGGGCUCUCGCUCAACAUAGUAUAUUGGUAAAGGUAAAGGUGUGACGGUAAAGGUGUGCCUUAUCAAUAGCUGUCUACUUUGCCUUCUCUUUCUACUUCUUUUGUUUUUUUUUAACUGACGUUUUUGAAAUGUGAAUCAUAAUAAAGACUAAUAAAUCCACUAAAGACUGA